AUGCGGCAGAUUACUCUAGAUGGGCUACAACGUAAUCCAGCUGAUUCUUGGAAUCACAAUGCCUUCCUACAGCUGCACGAUUUGACACAGCAGGCAAUGACUAUCAGCAAGACAUCUGUUUGGGCUGAUAGUGAGAACCCAAGCCAAGAUUUUGUUCCGGCUGACCCAACCCAGGAGUAUAUCCCACCUAGGCCUCCCAGGACUAACCGAGGCGAGUUCCAGUUAGGGAGUGGGAGGAUGAGAAAACCUGUGGCCACCCAGGAUACUGGCGGGCCAUCUUCUACCCCGCAUGUGUCUCCUUACCGUCCAGCAUCGCCACACCACCAUCCCUCUCCUCCUUUUGAGCAAAUGCAUUUUGAUUCAGAUUUUAUUAAUCUAGAUCCUAAUGGUGAGGGCUCGAGCCAGUGCCCGAGACAGGGCCCCAGUGAUGGUACCAUGCCUUUUACACAGAUUGCUUUGGGUAAGGGACAGCGGAAUAUAAAGAAGAAGAAAAAGUGCUGCAUGACAGAUUCUCGGGAGAAAAAGCGCAAGAUGUAG